AGUUUCUGCAAAUGACUUGUAAAUGGGGCUUCGUAUUAAAUUAAUCGAUUAGGUUAGAACAUUGAAGUGCUUCUUUUUUAUUUAGUAAAUAUUUAUAAUUUUAUAACAUAAAGAUGUGGUUUGAAGAAGCAGAUAGUGUUGCAGAAAUUUUUCGUAGUUAUUUACCGUAUUAUUUAUUAAUUGUAUUACCGAUAUUUAUAAUAAUAUCACCGGUGAAUCCUGUAUCUGGUUCACAUGAAUUUGCUGUUCAUCGUAUGCAACAUUUUGAUAUACAUGGAGUUGCUCACGGUUGUCGAAGUGCUGCUGUAAAUUUAGAGGCUCGUUCAUUAACAAGUUGGAGUACUUUUAGACAUUGUGUCGUUGCUCGAUUACAAGAUCUUACUGUUGAUCAUUUUAGAGAAAUUCGGGCCAAGGCUGGCGCUCUACUUAUUAUCAUACCUGAAAAUUUAUCUGCUUUAAGUGCAGAAGAAAAACAACAUUUAAUGAUCUUGGAAGAUGCUAUGUUAGCACAAGAAAUAUCAUCGCCAGUUUACUUUGCAAAAUAUUCACCAGAAUUAAAUGAAAUUGUAACAGAUAUUUCAAAUGGUUUUAUUUCUGAUGAAAAAUCGGGCACAGCUUUAGAAGCAAUUAUAAAUUCUAUUUCUGCAAAUGGAUAUCAAAUUGUUAUUAACCCUGGAACAGCUGGUCCAAAACAGGACAUGACUCUUGUUACACUGCAUGGUAAAUUAGGUGGUAUUGGAUCCGAUGGAAAAAUUCCAACAAUUGCUGUUAUAGCACAUUACGAUAGUUUUGGAGUUGCUCCUGAGUUAUCUUUCGGGGCUGACUCAAAUGGUUCUGGUAUAGCAAUACUUUUAGAAAUUGCUCGAUUAUUUUCACAUUUGUAUUCAAAUUCAAAAACUCAAGGAAAAUAUAAUUUAGUUUUUUUAUUAACAGCUGGAGGAAAAAUUAAUUAUCAAGGAAGUAAAAAAUGGCUUGAAGAUCAAUUGGACUCUUUAGAUGGAUCCAUAAUCCAAGAUGCUUCGUUUGUUGUUUGCCUGGACACAUUAGCUACUGGUGAUGCACUUUAUAUGCAUGUUUCAAAACCACCAAAAGAUGGAUCACCAGCUGCUCAAUUCUUCAAAGAAUUAAAAUCUGCUGCCGAUAAAUAUCCGUCAGUUACAAUUGAUGGUGUCCAUAAAAAAAUAAACUUAGCUGAUGAAAUGUUAGCAUGGGAACAUGAACGAUACAGUAUACGGCGUCUUCCAGCAUUUACAUUAUCAUCAUUAAAAAGUCAUCGGGAUUCUAUGCGUGGUACCAUUUUAGAUGUCAAGGAAAAUAUUCGUAUUGAUCGAUUAGUUAGAAAUACACAUAUUGUUGCUGAAGCAUUAGGAAAAUUUGUUUAUAAUUAUACAGCAAAUGAUCUAUUUAGUGGAUCUUUGAAAGUAGAACCAGAAGCAUUAGAAUCAGUUUUGAAUAUCGUUAGUUCGCAGCCACGAUCUACACAGCUUUUAGUUCAAAAACAAAAUAUUAUAGUACCAACAUUAAAAACAUUACUCAACAAAUAUGUUAAAGAUGUUAAAACAAGCACAUUUACACCGGACAAACGUGAUCCUGAAUUUAUGUUUUAUGAUGUUACAGGAUCAACAGUUAAUGUAUAUAACGUAAAACCUGCCAUAUUUGAUUUAGUUCUUACUGUUGCCAUUGUAAUAUAUUUAACAGCUAUUUAUUUUGCAAUACAAUAUUUUCCAAAAUUGUAUCAAUUUACAUCAUCAAUAUCAACCAAUUCUUAUAAAAAAAUCGAUUAAAUGUAGAUACGAGUUGUUUUUAUAUAAUUU